CGUAAUUUAUAUUAUUGCAAGUUUCCUGAUAUCAAAACAAAAUUGUAAAAAUACUAUCAAACGAAACAAAACGAAGUUUAUUCGUAAAUUUUUGCACAAAGAAAGCUUGUGUAUCUUUUUUGUUGUGGAAAAAUGCGGAAAAAGUGAAAAUUGCGGCAUUAAAGUUACAGAGUAUUUACAUAUAUGGAUGAAUAUAAUUCUGCCCCGCCUAUCGCGGCAGCAAAUGGAGAUCCUGCUAUGCAAACAAGACAAGUAGUACUUCAAAAAUAUAUAAUUGCGUUACGACAUUUCCGCUGUAUAGCUGAAAAAUCAUUCCAUGUACGUCCACUUUAUUUUGACAACUACCUACUUUGGCAAUAUUUUCAACAACGCAGCACGAUUGAAGUAGAAAAUGAAUUGAACAUUAGGAAUUAUUCAACACCAUCAUCUUUAGCAUUUCUGAAACUUGAAGUGCUCAGUCAAAUCCUCGAUCGCCGUCGCCAAAUUCUUUAUUGGCUAUUUUACCUAAUUCUAGUUUCACUAUGUGUGUUUGCCUAUAAACACCGCUGUGACUCACUAUCAUCUGAUACAACAUCAUCAUCAUCUACAGGACAUGGUGUUCAUUCUUUUGUUUACCCAAGUAUGCGAAUUUGGCGUCGUAUUACACUGCCAUUGAUACAACGUUUUCCGCGACUUACCGAACUGUAUGAUGAGUCGUGCCUAAUGCAAAACCCAUUCUUCCAAGGGGUCGAUGCACUUAGCUGCGAUCCCUGUUCGAAUGUACAGAGUGUUCUUGAUUUGACUACACAGGAGGCAAGUCCAGCUGAAGGAUUUAAUAUUUCUCAACAGGAUAAGAGCAGUAAAACUAAUGAAAUGCCGAACGAGUUUGUGCCUUUUGUAUUUAAGAUAAAACAAAAUCCCAUUCAUUUGGAAGAUAUAUACGAUCUUUAUGCAAGCAAUCAUGAUAUUUUUAGGAGGGAUGCGUAUAGGGUACAGUCGACUGUUCGGGAUGUCACCAAUAUCGAGGAGCUUUUUAGUAAGUUCAGUUACUCACGACUCAAAGGAAAUACACCGCAUACAAUAGAGGCACAUAAUAUGUGGCGUUGCAAUCGUAUGUUACCCGCCCGUUUACUACGUAAACUUUUCGUUAGUCCGACAAUGCGUCUACCCCGCGCAAGUUUAGCGCUUGAACGAUACGUGGCCAUCGAUACAGCACAAGCACCUGCAUACACUUUGCCCGACACGCAAUGUGCAAAUGUAUUCGUACAACAAGCACUCGGGACAAGGUAUAUUUUUCUGCGUCCAACAAGCGAAUGUCGUCAUCGCUGCCGCACAUUAUCUUUACGUUUACCACAAUCUUUCGUGCUUAGCUACAAUUGGCUUUAUUGGAAACCAAUAUCUGCACCCGAUCCUAUUGCCGAUUCUUUUUCAAUUACACUAAUUGGAUCUUACUGUUAACAUCUGAAACUAUAUUCUAGUAAACAAUUAAAAUGGUGUGGUAAAAUCUCGCAUAGAAAUAUUAUUCCAUCGCAACGAACGUUAGUAGGAUAUUAUGAUUACACCAUUCAUUUUCAAUCUUUCAACUAAUCUAUAUUUACCAUAUAACACCAAUAAAUCUUCAUUAAACCAUAUAUUUUGAAAUAACUAGAAUAUAAUAACGGACUAUUAGUGAGCAAAAUUUUAAAUGUUCCCCUUGUAUAAUCCUGUUAGUACAAGUCAAUAGUAUUCUUGGUCGCAUGAAUGUGUUCAAUAAGAUUAGACAAUAUGCUCAAUUAAUCUUUAAAGAAUUCCAUUUAAUAUAUGUGUGCCAAAAUUUUCCGAUUAUUCUCGCCAAAUAUUGAUACGUAUAAGACCCAAUUAUUUAUAUAUUGAAUAAAUAUGUGUAUGAAUACAUGGCUGCUCGUUUCGUAUUGGAAUAAUGUCUACGAUAUUAAAAGAAAAUGCUAGUCAUAUAUUACUUGCAUUUAAUUAAAGAAAUCGAUUAUUUUUUCUUACAUUUAGGUAUUUUAUUUUUAAUUUUUUAUUUCCAUUACCGAUAACUUUGUACUGCAUUUAUACGUGUUAAUAUUAUUUUAAAAGUUUAUAUACUCUUAGAUAUGACAUGACAAGUUUUGUAAUGAAAAACAGUUUUAUUUUACAAUUAAACAUUUAAAAUACUCGGAGAA